AUGGCCUUGAAACCUGACGACCCCUGUAGUGGGUUUCGCCAUGGCAAGGUUGUGGCCUUCAUCAACGAGAAGAUGGCCAGGCACGUGAAAGGCCCUGAGUUCUACCUUGACAAUCUAACCUUGUCCUGGGAGGAAGUGGAAGAUAAGAUCAGAACCAUCCUGGAGGACAGCGAGAUGUCCAGCCAGGCCCAGGAAGCCUGCGCUUGGAGCAGCCUGGCUCUGGGUGUGCGCUUCGCUCGCAGGCAGGGGCAUUUACAGGGACGCAGGGUGCAGUGGCUACAGGACUUUGCCAAACUACACAAGUCAGCUGCCCAUGCCCUGGCCUCAGACUUGAAGCAGCUUGGAGCACAGCAGGAGAUGGAACGCAAGGAGGCUGCCUUCCAGUUGCGGCUGGCCCAGACCAAACUGGCAGAGGUGCAGAAAGAGCGGGAUCUACUGAGGUGGAAGCUUCUCAGGGCGGAGCUGAGGGCCCUCCCAGACAAGGCUGUAGAGGGGCCAGGCUUGGCCACUGCCAGAGGGGCAGGGACCGAAGUAACAGGUGAGAUGGAAGAAGCAACAGCUGCUGCAGAUGAUGCUACAGGAGGAGGAGGAAGAAGAGGAGAGGAGAGUGAUACAGUGGGAGCCGCCCCCAUGGAGGCCGAACAGGAGCUGGGAGCUGAGGUCUAUGAUGCACUGAAUGGUGCGCAAACCAUCACCUCCAGUCUCUGUGAAUGA